CAACUCUUUAAAGCGCACCCACUCACUCUCCCCAAAACAAAGCGGCGAAAUUUCCAGAGAAAGAACAAGCUAGGGUUUUUUUUUUUUUUCUUUUGCAUCCAUCCAUGGCGGAAAGCGAGGUGAAGAGGGGAACUGUGAAGUGGUUCAAUGAUCAGAAAGGGUUUGGAUUCAUCACUCCAGAUGAUGGAACUGAAGAUCUGUUCGUUCAUCAAUCGGUCAUCAAAUCUGACGGUUUUCGCAGCCUCGGGGAAGGUGAGCAGGUCGAGUACCUGGUGGAGUACAGCGACGACGGCCGCGCUAAGGCAGUGAACGUGACUGGACCUGACGGUGCGCCCGUGCAAGGAAGCACUCGCGGAUCGUACGGAGGAAGAAGCGGUGGCGGGGGCGGAGGGGGAGGCUACAACGGUGGAAGUAGGGGUGGUGGUGGCCGGUCUUAUGGCGGUGGUGGUGGAUAUGGAGGAGGCGGUGGAGGUGGAGGAGGCGGUGGCUGUUUCAAUUGCGGCGAGACUGGGCAUAUGGCGCGCGAGUGUCCACAAGGAGGGGGUGGAGGCGGCGGAUAUGGCGGUGGCGGGGGAUAUGGAGGCGGUGGCGGUGGUGGCUAUGGAAGCGGUUGUUUCAAGUGCGGUGAGGCAGGUCAUAUGGCCAGGGAGUGUCCCCAGGGUGGCGGCGGCGGCGGGGGUGGAAGGUACGGCGGUGGUGGAGGAGGUGGUUGCUAUACCUGUGGGGAAGAAGGGCAUUUUGCCCGUGAAUGCCCCAACAACCGCUGAACUUAAAAUCAUUUUACCCUUGGUGGUACACCUUCAGCUCUAUCGGCUAGUUAUCUUGUUUUGCUACCCAAUGCCUUUCUGCAAAAAAGGCUAAAUUAUCAGUAUUUUAAUGGCGUUUGUUUUGUCCUGGAUGGUUUUCUUUAGAAGAUAUAAGUGUUGAAUCUGAAAAUGGUGAUUGAUGUUGGCUUUAAAUUUUGCUCUGCUGCGGCUUGUGUGUGAUUUUUGUUGAUGGUGUAUACAUGUAUAUCCAUAUGCAUGUUGGCUACUUUCUGGGGUUAUAAAUGAUAAUGGAACAUGAAUUUCCUCCA